AAGGCUUGCCAGAUCUACGGAUUUAUCCGUAGAUCUACGGAUUUUGUCCCUUCUACGGAUUUACAAAUAUAUGGGAAAUCCGUAGAAAAGAAGAAGAAAACAGGGAAAUUCGUAGAAAUCCGUAGAAUCUACGGAUUUUCACGAAAUAGUUCUGGCAUCUCUUCCAGGUUCCAGGCUGGAAUACGGAUUACCGGUGCCUCGUUACUUACAACCACUACUUACAGCUGUACAUAUAUUACUGCUUUCUUAUCAGGGAAUAACAGACGAGAGAUGAUAAGAAAAACUCUAAAUAAGAUUUUUUCGAGCUGAAUUCUACUGCAAGACGAAGUAAUUUGCUGUUUGGCGAUUUAUUUCUCAUUUGUGCUUCUAUACUCGACCAUAUAAACCGGUGUCUACCUGCAGGAAACAGGUUUAAAUCGUGUUGUCGUAUCCCGUCUUUAACAAAAUUGAGUGUUGAAAUGAGCAGCUUGUCGCGUUUUCGUUUAAUCACGUUCGAUGUGCAUAAUACGUUGUUGCAAAUUCGCUCUGCGCCUGGCAAAAAGUAUGGUGAACUUGGCGCUAUGUUCGGCAUUAGCAACAACAGAAACCAGCUAGUGGCAAACUACGUUUCAAGUUGGCAAAAGAUGAAUCGGCUACAUCCAAACUUUGGACUGAAAACUAAAAUUGGUUACAAGCACUGGUGGCAAAUGAUGAUAGGGGGAAUCUUCAACGAAAAUGGCACUCAUAAUAUUCCAGAGGACAAAAUAGAACAAAUGACUGAGCACUUUAUGGAAUUUUUCAAAACUAGUGGAUUCUGGCAACAUUGCUAUGGUUCUAUCGAUUUUUUAAAUUACCUGAAGCUUCAGAGACAUGUAGAAUCUAGUAGUAGUAAGGAUCCUCCGUUCAAACUUGGAGUAAUUUCGAACUUCGAUCCACGGCUAGAUGUUUUAUUGAGAAACAUGAAAAUAAAUCAUUAUUUUGAUUUUGUGCUCAAUUCUUAUGAUGUUGGAUACAUGAAACCGGCUAAGGAAAUUUUUGCAGCUGCUAUGAAAGCUGCAGAGCUAGAGAACCUAAAACCCCAGGAAUGCCUGCAUAUAGGAGCAACACCGGCAACUGAUUAUUUUGGAGCGAGGCAUGCAGGCUGGUAUGGAUUAUUGGUGCACGAAAAAUCCGCCGAUGAACUAACGCGGAAGUAUGGCCAAACUGUAGAUGACAAUCAUGUGUUCUGUAGUCUGUUCGAUGUACAUAAAAAGAUUUCUAAUGAUUACAUGAAGUGGUAAAAUAAAUUUUAAUGGAUAAAUGA